AUGGUUAAGAUAAUUGGGAAGGGCGGAGCGAAUUAUGUUCUUGCAUUCGGAAAUGAUAACGACGACCUGUACCGUAUAUGUGUAAGAGGUCGCAGCUUACGGGAAAACAAUAGGAGCACUGUGGAUAAUUACCAUUAUGCGUUGGAGGUAGUGAAACCACAGCUAGGCGAAUUCGUGUGCCGCAUGGAGCUGGUAGACCUACCAGUAUGUGAUUCCUUACGGCAGGUGUUGAAGAGUAAGAUUGAAGUAUGGGAUGCGACAACAGUAACUUGCCUCAAGAUGCCCAAUCUGGUGCCUGCAGGCAGUCUAUCACAUACCGUCGACCAUUUCACGAAGAUCCACAUCGGCGAGAGGGCUAUCGUCUGGGAAUUCAAGCCAAAAUGGCUAUCGGGAAACGACAAAUACUGCCGCAAUUGUACCCUCAAUCUUUUGCGAGGCCAGACCUCGAUCUCAUACUGUCACGCACAGCUGCUAAAUCCCGGACAGGCAGGUCCCAUCUUGAAGUCGCUGUUUGCGGGGCUCAAUGUGCCACCUGCGUUCAUUGAGGAUAUGGAGGCCUACAUAGCGCAGCCGUGCAGCGUGCUGCAAAGGCUUCGAGUGGCCCAGGAGCAAGUGGAUGCCUCUCUCGGGCCGCUGGAUCAGCCCGACACCGCAGCCUCUCCAGAGCGGUGCUUGUCCAUGACGCUUAAGGACGUCAGCUGCUUCGUCAGCUGGCACAAAGACGCGUCACCAGUUGCGGUAGUCGUCGACCUCGACAUGAAGCCGGCCGCGAAAAGCGCGCAUUGGACAGCGCUGCAAGAGCAGCUCGACCGUUUUCAGCCACAGGUGCGCCACUAA